UCCACCCGGACGCUACCCCUCCUCUCUCCUUUUCCUUCUUCCUCCUCCUCCUCCUCCUUCCUUCGACGGAGCCAUCGUUUCGAUUUUCGGGUUUCUCUCUCUUGCCAUCUUGCUUCCUGUUCUUGUUCUUCCUUUUGAGUGCAUGGUACCUUUACGGCGGACUAGCAGGUUUACUCCGGCGAGUUGUCUCGUGCACAGUGUGCAAUGGCGUGAAAGAACGCAGAAGGCGAAGGAAUUUCGAGUUGGUGGUGGCCGUGGUAGUUUCUUUUUUUCUUUUGUUUACCGUUUUUAGUGUCGGGAAACGGAGUCGGGUUUUAGAUGGAGGACAGCACGGUGUUGCCUUCUCCCUCAUUAUCGCCGUCGUCAUCGACGUCGCCGGAGUCGCUCAUUCUGACCUCAGGCGCAACUGUCCGCGUCAAUGCCCUGCUUUCCCUGCGGUCUCUGCGGACCCUGCUCGCCUUCCUGAACGCUGUUCUCCUGUUCCUUCUCGUGCCAUUCCUGCCGCGGAGCCGGCGUUCGUCGCCGGCGAUGGAGAGGCCCAAGGACGAGAGGAAGCAGAGACAGGAGGCCAUCAUUGGGACCGGUGGCGGAGCGGUGCCGGCUGUUCGGGUUCCGGUUGCACUGGUUCCGCGCAGGCUCGCGGCGGCAGUGUCGCUCGAAGGAGAGGUUUCCAGCAGACGGGCGCUGGCGAUCAGGAACGUGAGGGACGAUGAGAGCUCGGAGAGUAUCCGGGAGUUCAGCUUGUUCGCCACCGGUAGGGGCGAAACUUUGUUCACGCAGUCGUGGACGCCGGCCUUUGCUAAGACGAGGGCCUUGGUCAUUAUCCUACAUGGCCUUAAUGAGCACAGUGGCAGGUAUAGCUUCUUUGCGAAAAAGUUGAAUAGCAACAGCUACAAAGUUUAUGGUAUGGACUGGACAGGACAUGGUGGGAGCGAUGGCUUGCAUGGUUAUGUUCCAUCACUUGAUAAUGCAGUCAAUGAUUUGAAAGCAUUUCUGGUGAAGGUAGUUGUGGACAACCCAGGCCUUCCUUGCUUUCUCUUUGGUCAUUCGACUGGUGCUUCCAUCAUUCUGAAGGCAGUUCUUGAUCCAAAAGUGGAGAAUGUUGUUGAAGGAAUCGUAGUAACGUCUCCUGCUGUGCGAGUCCAACCAUCCCAUCCGAUCUAUGGUGUAAUUGCACCAAUUCUUUCCUGCUUAUUACCAAGGUAUCAGAUUGGUGGUGCAGACAAGAAAGGACAACCAGUUUCUCGUGACCCGGAAGCACUGAUAGCAAAGUACUCUGAUCCUUUGGUUUACACUGGUUCCAUCAGAAUUCGGACAGGGUGUGAAAUACUCCGAGUAACAUCAUUCUUGCAAGAAAACUUAAAGAAAAUCACUGUUCCAUUUUUAGUUCUACAUGGCUCUGCUGAUACUUUGACAGAUCCAAGUGCAUCUCGAGCUUUGUAUGAGGAAGCAUCCUCGGUAGAUAAAACCAUCAAACUUUAUGAAGGCUUUCUGCAUGAUCUACUGUUUGAACCUGAAAAAGACCUUAUAAUGAAAGACAUUAUUGAUUGGCUCAACUCUAGGUUGUAGUUACUACUGCAGAGUUGGUGAAACUGGAGUGCAGUCGGCAGGAUGCUGGUGUUUGCAACUGCCACUCUGCACGAGAACUCCAAAUCCAGUAGCUGGUAGAUGCUAACAGGAACUUUAGGUUGUAGCAUUGAAGUGGUGUGCUGUUAAUUUGCAGCCACGCUUUUCUUUUGCAGAUUUUAACAAAUUAGUUUGGUGGUACUGAGGUAAACUUUGCGCCUUGGCAGGCCUUUGAAACUUGACCAUCUUAUAGAGCGGCAGCAGUCAAGAAGAUGGUGCUGCUGGGCAACUGUUAAUAUUUUGGUGUAAAAGUAGGAACUGUAUGUUUAUUAUUUAAAUUGCUUUUGUGCUGCUAUGGUUUACAAAACAAAACUUGCUUCAAGCUGACAAAGCGCUAUGCUGCCACGCUGAAAUAUUAGCACAAUUAAGCAUGUGCCCAGCUUUCGGCUAGCUUGAGUUAUGAGCACGGAAAUCCUACUGGCUACAAUGAGGUCUGCUGUACCUAAGCAAAAAAGUCAUUUGUUUUUUUGAAGGAAAUUACCCCGUCGGGCCCGUCCGAAUGUGGCUUUUGCAGCUAGUAGCCGAUGGGCAUAUCAGCUCCUGUAAGAACUACUGCAGUUGUUUUGGCAACGAAAGGAAUCUUUUCACAUUUUGAGCUUCUGCAAAUCUUUUAGUACUUUGUUUUGUGGUUGCUGGUAUAGAGACCGAGAGUAAUGCUCGCUUUAAAUUUCUUCUAGUGCCCAUAGAGGUAACUUCAUUUGUUUAAUCAAUUCGAGAUUGAGUUGAGAAUGUAUAAAAAGAUUGUGGAAGAAAGGCCCAGCAUUUU